UUGACAACAGUUUCGAUUUGAAAUUCGUUUAAAAUAACGGUGCAGGAUCUACGCGGAAAAUAACAUUAUAGUUUUUUAUACUUUAUCAUUAAACAUCAAAAAUGGCUAAAAGUUACGUGACUAAUUUUAGAGGUGAAAUGUAUUUCACGCCGAGCGGAAAAUUACAUAUAAAGGAAGAACCUGUAACACCCAUUGAGGAAGAUUUUGGUGAUCAUAACAACUUGGAUUGUUUUGAAAAUGAUUAUGGUGGAAUGAGAAAAUCUUUAUCCAUGAAUGACGUAGCAUCACUUCGAGAAGACUUGAUAAAAUUGGAGUUCACGGACACAAAAGAAGAUGUGUAUCAUCGACAUCGGCGACCAACAGGACAGCCCCAAGAAUUAUCAAAAACUAAAUUUGUUUCCAUGGCUGAAGCUAUAUACCAUUACCAGAGAGAUACUCCUGAUAGAUUCCGUUCGUCUCGGCCGAAGUCAUUUCGUCCUAAAGGUUACGGAGGUCCCUCCGGUUUAACUGUUCCGCAGUCCCCUAUGUUAAGAUGUAAAGCGCGCUCAAGACCACAACAUAUUCUUUCUCAAAAAGAGAAAGAAGAAAUGGAAUUAGAAGAAAUUAGAAAAUUCAAAAUUAAAGCUAAUCCAAUUCCUAAAUCUGUUAUUGAAGGACCUAUACAUUUGCCUGAAGUACAUAGGAAGCCUAUUACUGUUCCUGAACCUUUCAAAUUGACUGAAAUACAAAAAAAAAUGGCUCAAUCUCCUGGACUAACUCAUAAUUUUAAAGCUCGUCCAGCUCCAAAGCAUAUAUUCGAAAAACCUCAAAUACCAAUAAAGCCAGUUCCACAUGUGACUAAACCAAUUAGCCCGAAAUUUCGUUACAAACGAGCUAAUUCUGCGGAUCAUCUUAAAUGUGAAACUAAGCAUACUGACCCACCAGCCAAUGCUAAGAAAAUGGAUAAAUGUGAGAAAACAAUGCAGCGUCACGGUCCAGUUAAACCAGAGCCAUUUUCUUUUGAAAAAAGGGAUGAAGAAUUAAGGAAAAAGCGAGAAGAAAGAAUUAAGAAACAGUUGGAAGAGGAACGUAGACUUGCCUCUCAGUUCAAGGCACAGCCUUUACCAGUAGCUGUGAAGAAACGGAUGCAAUGUGCUACUUCUGGAUGCAGUAUUUCUAAUGCUUCUUCAGAGAAUAAAGAAAAUCAUGUCAAAUUUGAAGCUAAACCAGCCACAGUUCUUUAUAAAGAGCCUUUUAAACCAGUUCUUCAACCAGUACAUUUGGUUAAGGCUGUUCCAUUUGCAUUGACUACAGAAAAACGAGCUGCAGAAAGAGAAAUAUUUGACAAACAGUUAAAGGAAAAAGAAGAAGAAAAUGAAAAAUCAAAACAGCAAAGAGAAAAAGAGCUGCUAGAGGCAGAAGAACGAGCAGUAUCAGAAUUGAGAGCUAAACUGGUACAUCAUGCAAAACCAGUACCUUCAUUAAACCCAUUUGUUCCAGAAAAGUCAAUUGCACCUAUAACAGUUCCUGAAACACCCAAAUUUGUGAGGAGGCUGAAGCAAAAUUAAUUUCUUACUUUGAUAGUAGUAAAUCAUGACUAUGACAUAUUAUUCAAACAUUUUAGUUGUUAGGUUUUGAUAAUGUACUACUCUUUAAAUGUACUGCCAUUGCUUAAAAUACAUUUAUAAUUUUUAAAUAAAUUU